UGGCCCCUGAGUGGGAGGCGGGAUUAGACAGCGCCGAGAGCCCCGCAGCGUCCGGCUCGAGGGACCACCUCUGGGGGCUGAGGGAAGACGGGGGAGGGGCGCAGGCGAUGGUCCCCGCACUGCGCUAUAUCCGCGGUGCCUGCGGCCCGGCCCUCGGAGGUUUCCCCGGGGGGUUCUCCUCUGCAGGCCGGCCGGCGCCGGGGAGGUCCUGGCCGCUGUGCCAAGGUGGCCGCCCAGCUAGCACCCGCUCAUUUGAUGUAGUCGUUAUUGGUGGCGGAAUUGUGGGCCUUGCCUCUGCCAGAGCACUCAUCCUGCGACAUCCAGCACUUUCCAUUGGUGUUCUGGAAAAGGAGAAAGAUUUGGCUAUUCACCAGACUGGACAUAACAGUGGUGUCAUACAUAGUGGAAUUUAUUAUAAACCUGAAUCUCUAAAAGCUAAAUUAUGUGUACAAGGUGCAGCCCUCAUCUAUGAGUAUUGUAAGCAAAAAGGAAUUUCCUACAAGCAAUGUGGUAAGCUUAUAGUAGCUGUUGAACAAGAAGAAAUUCCCAGACUUCAGGCCUUAUAUGAGAGAGGCCGGCAGAAUGGUGUCCAGGGCUUAAGGCUAAUCCAACAGGAGGAUAUAAAAAAGAAGGAGCCAUAUUGUAGGGGUCUAAUGGCUAUUGAUUGUCCAUACACUGGCAUUGUGGACUAUCGGCAGGUGGCUUUGUCGUUUGCCAAUGAUUUCCAAGAAGCAGGUGGCUUUGUCUUGACCAAUUUUGAAGUAAAAGAUAUUGAAUUGGCUAAAGAAAGUCCUUCAAGAAGUAAAGAUGGGAUGAAAUAUCCAAUUGUUAUAAGGAAUACAAAGGGAGAGGAAGUUCAGUGUCAGUAUGUGGUGACAUGUGCAGGACUUUACUCUGACCGUAUUUCAGAGCUGAGUGGCUGUAAUCCUGAUCCUCAAAUUGUGCCAUUCCGAGGAGAUUACCUGAUCUUGAAGCCAGAAAAAUGCUAUCUUGUAAAAGGAAAUAUUUAUCCGGUCCCAGAUAGCCGGUUUCCUUUCCUAGGGGUUCAUUUCACACCAAGGAUGGAUGGCAGUAUUUGGCUAGGGCCUAAUGCAGUUCUUGCCUUUAAACGAGAGGGCUACAGACCCUUUGACUUCAGUGCCAGAGAUAUUAUGGAUGUAAUUAUCAAGAGUGGCUUGAUUAAACUGGUGUUCCAGAAUUUUUCCUAUGGAGUUAAUGAAAUGUAUAAAGCCUGUUUUCUCAGUGCAACAGUGAAGCACCUUCAAAAGUUUAUCCCUGAAAUUACUGUCAGUGAUAUACUUAGAGGUCCAGCUGGAGUAAGAGCCCAAGCCCUGGAUAGAGAUGGAAAUCUGAUAGAAGAUUUUGUAUUUGAUGGAGGAGUUGGGGAUAUUGGAAAUCGCAUUCUUCAUGUGAGAAAUGCACCUUCCCCUGCUGCUACUUCUUCUCUUGCAAUUUCUGGAAUGAUUGCAGAUGAAGUGCAACAAAGAUUUAAAUUGUAAAUAAUGUAAGGAGCUAAGUAUGCAUUUUAAUUUCCACAUUCAGCAACAAGAAUAUACUAAUUGUAUUCUUUAAGGAAAAUGAUUUGAAAAUCUUAUUGUUAGGUAUCUCAUUUAGAUAACAAUUGAAUUGUUAGAAUGCUGUAACAUAGAAAAAUAGUUUUUUAAAGUCCAUGCUCCUUUGUGAAUAAAGAAGCAAGGUACAGUUGUGUCUGUACUGAAUCCUUGACUGUUAUGGACCUCUCCUCACCAGCCAUGAUCUGGAGAUUUGACUCUUAGAAUUUCUGGAAACGAUGGCACAAAAAGUUGAUUAUUCCCUUAACUUUUUCUCUUUAUAGUAUCUAAGCUUUUUUUUUUUUUUCUCUCCUAGAUCAGAAAAUAUAGUAUAUUGUAGGUUGCAAACCUCCUUUUAACUUUGAAGGAUCAAAUGAAAGCUCACAUUAUUUAGAGCAACAGUAUUUGUAUUUGGGAAUUUAAAAUUCUUGAUUUAAAGAAAAUUUAUGAAAUUUCACAUUUUUAAGUAGUUUGAAUAAGAUUCUAUCUUAGCUGUAAUAUUUGUAAGAAAUAACUUGGCAAAGGAAAUGCAAACCCUUUAUUAUUCCCAGUCUUUUUAUAACUGACUUGGUGUAGGGUUCCCAUUAAAUGCAAACAGCAGUACACUAUGAAUGGUUGUUGCCUACUCUUUAGUCUUCUGUGGUUGCAAAACUAAAAGAACUUAGAACUGAUAGGUUUUUAUGUGAGCAGUUUUAGAAUUCUGCCACUGAUAUAUAGAACUCUAUAAUUUUAAAAAUUUGCCUCUAUAUCUCUGUUUUUCAGUCAUACCGGGUUUCUCAAAUGUUAGCCCAGAUCACUAUUUUAUUCAUGCCUACUUGGUUUUCAGGGAUUCUAUGAACUUUUAUGAGGAUAUUUCUUCAUUUUGAGGAAAUACCUAACUUUGAGGCAUUCACUUUUGUAAACCGCAAAAGUGCCUUACAUUCAACGUGUACUUCAUGAGUAUUUAAAUUAUUGCCCAGUGCCAAUACUGUAUACUGUAUAUAUGUGUGUGGUAUCUGUUGAAAUGAUUCUUGCAAUUCAGAAAGUUGGAAAAUAGAAAUAUAAAUGAAUUUAUGGCAGCCCAUUGAUUGGGGAAACUUUAUUACAGCACCACCAGUUAGGUGAGACAUUUUCAUCCCUUCCCUCAUAUAUACUCUCUCAGGAUUAAUCUUCCACUCUUCAUUCUUUCCUCUUAUCUCUCCAAAUCUGUGUGAUAGAUGAGUAAGAAGGAUGUGCAUUUUGACUGAAAGGAAAAACUUCUGUUUUCUUCUUUUUCACUUCACGCCUCAGUGAUUACAUUGUCUGAGCUACCUCAACCAUUAAUUUGAAAGGCUACACCAUCAACUCAUGUUCAAGAAGUAGCACAUCCCAGGUAGAGACUAGGCAAUUAUUUGACACUUGGGAUGAACAUAUUGAAAGCAUUUAGAAAUCAUUCACAGAAGAAAUUAGCCCUAAUGGUUCUUCAUAACAACUGAUUCCUCCAAGAAAUGUGACACACAGGAUAUUUUUCUGUUCCAUCGCAAGACUAUUAAGAGAUGGAAAAUUUUACAAUUCUCUAUUUCAUAAACAGUGAGAUUACAUAUAUACUAAGCUGUGAAAGACUGAAAUUAUAAAAAUAACUGUCCUCAUUAAAGCAACCCUCAUUCCAUUUGAGUGUAUAUUAUACCCCAAAAAAUAUAAGUGAAAAAAGUUAUUGAAAGUGUUUUGAAUGUGCAGGUUAUUCUGUUUGUAAAACAUUUUAUAUUUAUAUCAAUAGGGUUUUGUUGUGUAAUACUGAUAUAAUAUUUAAAAGUUUUGUGUAUUUCUGAGAUAAGAAAAUGUAAAUUAAUAUUAAAAUAUUUUAAUGAGUUUUUGUGUUGUAAACAUAAUUUUUAGUUUCAUAAAACUGAUUCAAGUGAAUUUUUUGUGUGUAAAACAUGAACUAUCAUAGCUUUAAAUAGCAGCCAACCUUAGAAAAACGAAAAAAACUAUUUGCAUUUAAUAUAAAAAUGAGGUUUAUAUUUUAGGUAAAAAGUAGAGCACUUCCCCAUUUACAAAAAUGGCUUUCCACUUGGUAGUGGUGGCAAUAUCUGGCUCACCUCAGUGUCCUCUUCAUACCCCCAGAGCACCAGGGAACAUGGUUUCUGUUCCAUAGCAGAAUAUAUAUAUAACACAUAAACACACAGUGCUUUGCAGGCAGUGGAGGGGACAGUAAAUCAAUCAAAUCGGAAUUUCAUAAAUCAUUAUAGUUUCUCUUAGGAAGACAUUCUGGUAUGCUAUCUUUUACACGGGGGGUUGGAUUUCUGGGCAUAAGCCUCAUGUAAGGGUGAUAGGGCACAUGAUCUAUCUGAGAGCCUGCUCCAACUUCUUGCCAGCAGGUGGACUGUAAAAGGACCAGAGUUAGCUACAGCAACAAACCAUGAAAGUGAGUGACAAUGACAUUUAUUGUUUCCUGUGGCAUUGCUUUGGUUUGCUUCUGACUGGCAGCACUUGUAGCUUUAAAUACAUCGAGGAAGUAGGAGAGAGUAAAUGGGAGAAAUGUUGAGUAAGUCCUUCUUGAAAAUGCUUUUCAGUGCAAGAAUAUUACUGUUAAAAUUUUCACUGCCUUUUAAAAUUUGAGAUGUGCUUAGAUUAUUCAAGUUAUCUCCCAAAAGCCAUUCUAAAUUCUAAAAAGACAAAAUUAGUACUUGUCAAAUAACUAGCAUAUUAAUUUUAACUCAAGUUUAUGACCAAGUAUAGUAUCAGUAUGUUUAAUACUCCAAUUUUAAAAAAAGAUUUUGUUUUUAAGUAGUCUCUACACUUAAUGUGGGGCUCAAAUUCACAACCCCGAGAUCAAGGGUAGCAUGCUUUACUCACUAAGCCGGCCAGGUAUCCCUAAUACUUCUAUUUUUUAGCACUUGAAGCAAGUGUUUAUUAUUAAAAAAAUUUUUUUUAAUAUUUAUUUUUGAGAUAGAGACAGAGCAUGAGGAGGGAGGGGCAGAGAGAGCGGGAGACACAAUCAGAUCAUGCGAGAUCACGACCUGAGCCAAAGUUGGACGCUUAACUGGCUGUGCCACCCAGGUGCCCUGUAUUAUUUUUAAAAUGUUAUUUAAUUAAUCAGUGUUUUGAAUAAGUACAACAUUCAUAUGGUUGAAAAUUCAAAAUGCCCCAAAUGUACUCCAUGAAAGAAUCUCCUCUCCUCCAAGCCACCCAGUUCACUGAUUCAUGAGGCAACAAAAAUUGUCAGUAUCUCUUGUGCAGCCUUGCAGAGAUAUUAUACAUAAAAAAAUAUUGCCUCCAUUUCUUUUUACACAAGUGGUAGCAUACUCUGCAUACUAGAUUAUACACCCUGCUCUUUUCACUUUGCGCUGUCUCUUUGAUAAUGUUCAAGUGACCUGAACACAGUGGCCUGGUUCUUUUCAAAUGAUUUUAUAGCUUCCAUUCUGCAAAUUUACUAUUAUUUGUUGAACCAGUCCCUGAUACCUACUGACAAUUAUUUAAAUUGUUUAUUUCUCGGGCAUUUUUGUUUUGCUUUUGGUGCGUCAGUACUGCAAUCAAUAACUUUGUGUUAAAUCAUUUCACAUUCGACCAAGUGUGCCAAAGGACAUAUUCUUUGAAUUUGCUGGGUCAAAGGGUAUGUGCCUUUGCAACUUUGAUAGUGUCAAGUUGCCUUUGGUAGAGGUUGAACCAAUUUAAGCUCUCACCAAUAAUAUAUUAGAGUAUCUGUUUCUUCAUAUUCUUACCAACAUAGUAUAUCAUCAAACUUUUGGAUCUAUGCGGCUCUUCUAAUAGGUAAAAAAUAAUGGUAUAAUUUAAAUUUCUUGUAAUAUGAGUAAAGUUGAGCAUCUGUACUAUGUUUAAGAGACAUAUUUCAUUUUCUGUGAACUGUGUUUUUUUCGUAUUUGCUAUCCUUUUUUUCCCCUUAAGUUUGGUCCUAUUAAUUUGUAGAAACUCCUUUAGAUAUUGGGGAAAUAAACUAUUUAGAAAAUGA